AUGACAUAUAUUGAUAAUGUACGAAACUCUUACCCCAAUCCUCAUUAUGAAAGUCCCCGAAUUCGUGUGCUCCCUUUGGUUUUGGAUAUUUCUGUUCGAAUGUUAUUUGAGAAUCAUAAUGAUUUUGUCACCAACAUGGCUGUGUUGGUCAACACAAUGGGAGAGACCCAAUUUGUUCCUGCAACAAAGGAGGCUAUUGAAUCCCUUGAAAAGGUGAAGGUAGAAGAUUGUGACACCAUGAAAAUGUGUGUUAUCUGUCAAGUUGAGUUCAACCUUGGCAUGGAGGUUACAAAAAUGCCUUGUGAUCAUCUUUAUCACCAUGAAUGCAUUGUGCAAUGGCUAGAAACUAGUCACAUGUGCCCAAUGUGUCGUCACCCCUUGCCUACUUCAACUGGUGGUUGA